UAAGAGCAAAAACAGAGCAAAACAGAUUUCACUUACUCUGUUUUUCCUCUGUUUUAAGCUUUAAAAGAAGAAGACAAAGAAGAUGGUUGCGGUUGAAAGAGUUGAGAGUUUAGCAAAGAGCGGAAUCAUAUCGAUUCCAAAAGAGUACAUUCGUCCCAAAGAAGAGCUAGAGAGCAUCAACGACGUUUUCCUAGAAGAGAAGAAAGAAGACGGUCCUCAAGUUCCUACAAUCGAUCUACAAAACAUCGAGUCCGACGAUGAAAAGAUCCGUGAGACUUGCAUAGAGGAACUGAAAAAGGCAGCUUUGGAUUGGGGAGUGAUGCAUUUGAUCAACCAUGGAAUAUCUGUUGAUCUAAUGGAGCGGGUUAAGAAAGCCGGGGAAGAGUUUUUCGGUUUGUCCGUCGAAGAGAAGGAGAAGUAUGCGAAUGAUCAAGCCACAGGAAAAAUUCAAGGGUAUGGAAGUAAGUUGGCUAACAACGCUUGCGGACAAUUGGAAUGGGAAGAUUACUUCUUUCAUCUUGUGUAUCCUGAAGACAAGAGAGAUCUAUCACUUUGGCCUAAGACACCAAGUGAUUACAUAGAAGCAACGAGUGAGUACGCGAAGUGUCUUCGUUUGUUAGCAACAAAAGUCUUCAAGGCUCUCUCUAUCGGUCUAGGCUUAGAGCCUGACCGUCUAGAGAAAGAAGUUGGUGGUUUAGAAGAGCUUCUUCUACAAAUGAAGAUAAAUUACUAUCCAAAAUGUCCUCAGCCUGAGCUAGCACUCGGCGUGGAAGCUCACACCGAUGUAAGCGCUUUAACCUUCAUUCUACACAACAUGGUUCCCGGUUUGCAGCUAUUCUACGAGGGAAAAUGGGUCACUGCAAAAUGUGUUCCUGAUUCGAUUGUGAUGCACAUUGGAGAUACUUUAGAGAUUCUUAGUAAUGGGAAGUAUAAGAGUAUACUUCAUCGCGGGUUGGUGAAUAAGGAGAAGGUUAGGAUUUCUUGGGCUGUGUUUUGUGAGCCACCAAAGGAUAAGAUUGUUCUUAAGCCGUUACCGGAGACGGUGAGUGAUGAGUCUCCGGCUAAGUUUCCUCCAAGGACAUUUGCUCAACAUAUUGAGCAUAAGUUGUUUGGGAAGGAACAAGAGGAAUUGGUAUCUGAGAAAAAGAAUUAAGUUUGUGUGUUUAGUCUUAUAUAUAAGCCUCUAUAUUUCGAGUUUCCUGUAUUUUAUGUACUGUGUUCGAUGUGGUUCUCUUAUUCAUACGGAUGGUGUCAUUGUGAUAUGAAUCAUAAAGAUUUGUAACCGAGAUAACAGAAAGAGACAAACGAGUAACCAAGAGUGAUAUAUGUAGUAGAUCUAUGAACCA